AUGUGGAUGGCCUUUCUUCUUAUUUGGAGUUUUAUCAUUGGGAUCCAAUCUGCCACUCCAACAUCUCAACUUCAAAUUGAAGCAAAUGUCAUAUUGAAGAGUGGAUGGUGGAACAAGUAUGAUGCCCAAUUUAAUAUAUCAAGACGUUGUCAUUGGUACGGUAUAUCUUGCAAUAAGGAUGGAAGCAUAUAUGAAAUCAACAUAAAAUUGUAUAGUAUUUUUUUAGUUAAUUUUUCAGCACUCAACCUAUCUGUUUUUCACAAUUUAGAAAUUCUUGUUUUAAGUUCAAUUGUUUUAGAAGGAGUUAUUCCAAAAGAAAUUGGUCUCCUCUCCAAGCUCACUCAUCUUGAUUUGUCUUCUAAUCAUCUUAAAGGUGGGAUACCACCUUCACUAGGAAAUCUCACAAAACUCACUCAUCUUGAUUUGUCUUCUAAUCAUUUUCAAGGUAAGAUACCUCUUUCACUAGGAAAACUCACAAAACUCAGUCAUCUUAAUUUGUCCUUAAAUCAUCUUGUAGGUAAGAUCCCACUUUCACUAAGAAGCCUUAGACAAUUAAAAUACUUAGACAUCUCUGACAAUAAGAUUCAAGGUUUCAUUCCUUCAAUAGGAAAUCUCACACACCUACAAGAGUUAGACUUGUCUAACAACAACAUUCAAGGUUUCAUACCUCAUGAGUUGGGCUUCCUGAACAAUCUCACAAGAUUAGAUCUAUCUUACAAUAUACUAAAUGGAAACUUGCCUCUUUCCAUUACAAAUCUCACCCAAUUAGAACACAUUAACAUCUCUAACAACUUUCUCAGUGGUUCUCUCCCGUCCAACUUGGGCCAGUUAACAAAAUUGAAAGUGUUAGAGUUAAGUACAAACUUCAUUGAUGGAACCUUUCCCAUUUCGUUAACAAAUCUCACGCAUUUAGAAAAACUUGACAUUUCCUAUAAUUUACUCUUUGGUUUCCUUCCCUCCAAUUUUUAUCAAAUGGCAAAUUAUAAAACUUUCGUAAUAGACCUCAGUCACAAUUUUAUUAGUGGUGAAGUUCCAUCUCCGAAUAGAAAUUUUCAACAACUUUACCUCAAUAAUAACAAUUUAACAGGAAUAAUUCCCCAAUCUCUCUGUAAUGCCGGUUAUGUGGAUAUUUCCUACAACUGUUUCAACGGUCCCAUUCCAUAUUGUACUAACAUUUAUACGAGGAACAAAGAUGGAUGUAUCAGCACUUCUUUUAGAAAAUUCCAACCAUGGUCACCUCCCAAGAGAAAUAAUAAAGUAAAGCACAAUCUUGUCAUAGUUCUUCCUCUUUUUAUUAUUCUAAUUCUAGCAUUAUCACUCCUUGUAUGCUUGAAACUUCGUCAUAGUUCUAUAAAAAACAAUCAUGGAAUUACAAUGAAAACAAAGAAUGGAGAUUUGUUUUGUAUAUUGAAUUACGACGGAAAAAUUGCAUAUGAUGACAUUAUUAAAGCAACCGAAGACUUUGAUAUAAGAUAUUGCAUUGGAACAGGAGCAUAUGGAAGUGUUUAUAAGGCACAGUUGCCAUGUGGAAAAGUUGUUGCCUUAAAGAAACUUCACGGAUAUGAAGCAGAAAUUCCAUCUUUUGAUGAGAGUUUUAGAAACGAAGUGAAAAUAUUAUCCGAAAUAAAACAUCGACAUAUCGUGAAGCUUUAUGGUUUUUGCUUGCACAAAAGAAUUAUGUUUUUGAUCUAUCAGUACAUGGAGAGAGGAAGCUUGUUCUCUAUCUUGUAUAAUGAUGUAGAAGCCAUGGAAUUCAAUUGGAGAAAAAGAGUUAACUUUGUUAAAGGAGUUGCAUUUGGUUUGUCGUAUCUUCAUCAUGAUUGUCUAGUCCCAAUAGUGCAUAGAGAUAUAUCUAGUGGCAACAUCUUGCUAAACAGUGAUUGGGAGGCAAGUGUAGCUGACUUUGGCACAGCUAGACUUCUUCAAUAUGAAUCAUCCAAUCGAACUAUAGUUGCUGGAACUAUUGGAUAUAUCGCUCCAGAACUUGCCUAUACUAUGGUUGUGAAUGAAAAGUGUGAUGUAUAUAGUUUUGGUGUAGUUGCACUUGAAACUUUAGUGGGAAGAUAUCCCGGAGAUAUAUUGGCAUUACUUCAAUCAACAUCAAUCCAAGAUAUCAAAUUAUGUGAAGUAUUAGACCAACGUCUCUCACUUCCAAACAAUAAUAUAAUUUUACGUGACAUAAUUCGUGUUGCCGCAAAUGCAUUUGCCUGCUUAAAUCUCAAUCCUUGUUUACGGCCAACAAUGAAAAUUAUUUCGCAAAGUUUUGUCAUUGAGCUUCCACCAUUUAGCAUUCCUUUGUCUGGAAUUUCUUUGCAACAACUCAUGAGUCAUGAACUUAAAGCUUUAUUUCACAUUGUAAAUCUUUGA